UGUCUCCACCAGGGCGUCAGGUCUGAGCCGGAGCCACAGAGGGAAGGAGCCGUCCCGAGCCACACGCACGCGCUGCUCUGGGCUUCUCACACGGAUACGUCACACGCACUGGAGCUGGAUUAAUUUGCACCACUCUUUUUUAGUUUUUAUUUUUCCUUUGCUUUAGAAGACACGCCAAAAAAACUCACCGAAGACAAUGGGGUCCCAGUCAUCCAAAGGAGAGGUGUCCACAGAGAGCGCGGCGGCUGCGGACGCUGCGGCCGUCAAGACCAACGGACAGGAGAAUGGACAUGUGAAAUCAAACGGGGACGUCUCCAAGGCCGACGGAGAAGCCGCCGCCACCAACGGCUCCGCUGAUGCGGCCAAGGAGCCGGAGGCGGGCGCGGGAGGCGACGCCAUCGAGCCCGCGCCCGCCGCGGACGGCGAGGCCGCCAAAGCCGACGGAGACGGAGCUACUAAAGAAACCCCCAAGAAGAAGAAGAAGAAGUUCUCCCUCAAGAAAUCCUUCAACUUCAAGAUCAACCUGAAGAAGAAGAAGAGCGGCGCCAAGGAGGAGGCGGCCGCUGCCCCGGAGGAGAAAGAAGAGAAGGAGGAGGAGGAGAAGAAGGAGGAGGUGAAGGAGGAGGCCGCAGACACUCCCGCCGCUGCGGCCGCUGAGGCUCCUAAGACCGAGGAGGCUCCUAAGGCCGAGGAGGCCCCUAAAGAGGAGGCUCCUAAAGAGGCAGCCGCUCCCGCCCCCGAGCCCACAAAACCCACAGAGGAGAGCAGCUCGACCCCCGCUCCCUCUGAAAAGAAAGAGUGAUUGUACCUUCAGCUCACUAUGAACUGAGUGAACUGUUUUUCAAGAGAGAGAGAAAAUUUAAGAGUAUAUAUAUAUUUAUAUAUAUGUGUAUAUGUAUACAUAUGUAUAUGAAUAUGUAUAUGUAAAUAUAUACACAUGUAUGUGAGAGACUCCUUCGACGUGCCACUUUUCGUCAUGAUAACAAGACGACAGACUAGAUUCACUAGAUCACUUCCCUGGUUCCUGCUCCACCUCUGGACCUGGCUGGGUUUGGCCGCUCUGGAGAACGGAUUUAAACGGCUGGAACGCGACACCAUGACGUUUGAAAGAGCUGAAGGAUGUGACACAAAGCAUCUGUUCUUUAAAACCUGUCACUCAGAUGCUGAAGGGACGAGGUUUGAGCCGACACCACCGCCACCAGAACAGACUGAAAUAACCAAACCUGAAAUCAGAAACGAAGAGACUCGCCAACUUUUUACAUUCCUAUAUUUUAACCCAAAUUUGCAGUAUUUUGUGGUGUAUUAUAGAGGACCAUCUUAAAGAUUCAGAGAAGCUUUGUCUUGUUUGUUUAAAGUAAAAAAAAAAAGAUUUUUACCUUAUUAUAAAAGAAGAACACUUACGCUUGCUAUGUUCACUGUCGCGUCUGAAGCGGAGUCGUUUAUCUGUCGUGUGUGAGCCUGAACCUGCUUAGUCUCUGUAAAUACAUUGGACUGAUUUCUGUUCUUUAUUUUGCUAAUGUUGACAGAUGUUACUGGUUUUAUUGUAAAGUUGAUAAUGGUAAAUAAAUGUUGGUUACCUGCC